UUUGUACUUUUUCCCAUUCAAUAUCCAAAAAUUUGGAGUAUGCAUAAGAUAGCUGAAAGUACUUUCUGGAUGACAGAAGACAUACCACUUGAUGGAGACCUUCUUCACUGGAAACAGCACUUAAAUGACCUGCAAUGUUUCUUCAUAAUUUGCAGGCUCACAUUUCUUGCUAGAUCAAAUGACAUUGUCAAUCCUGAACCUGCAAAGCAAUUCUGCUGCAAAGUACAAAUCAUGGAAGCACUCAGCUUCUAUGGCUUUCCAACAAUGAUUCAGAACAUUCACUCCAAAACUUACUCUCUCCUUAUCAAAACC